CUGUAAAUUCCAGUUAAAGUCCCCCUGUAGUCAAUAAUUUUAUCCUCUAAAACUCAUCUUUGAUCACAAAAAUGACAUAUUUAAACGUUUUUUUCCUUGAAAAAAAAAUCUUCAUGCCUUAAAAUAGCUUGAAUGUAACUCUACACACUUGCUUCAUUUAGUAUACAUGGUUCUAUGAAAAUGCAAAUUAUCCCCACCUCCACUCACUCGCACUACUUCAGAGAUCCACUCGUUGACGAUCACACUUUGACGUGAUUGGUUACAAGGUAGUUUGUGACGUCAGAAACACCAGCGAUUUCAAACCGCGUUUUUGAGACUGUCUUUGGUUCACUGCAGUUUUAAGGACAAAAUACUCAGCAAUGGUGUUGACUUAUGAAUUUGCACAUGGUUUGUCUUAAAGCAUAUCAAUAACACCUCAUAGAUAUAUAAACAAUAUUAAAAACUUGAUUUUCACCACAGGGGGACUUUAUCCAAACAGUUGUUUCCUUCGCAAUGAGGGUUAGAUUGCCAACUGAAAGAGAUUAAUAUAACUGCGUUAUUUGAUUUUCAUACUGCCAUCCAUUAUUGAUGCCAAAAAGGGUGUGUGUACAUAUGUAAAGCCAUUGUGCAUAAACGUAAAAUCCAUUUCAAUCUGAUGAUAAUCCGUUCCACAAUAGCAGUUUGAGAUGGUUGCAGUGUAUUUUUCCUCUGCAGGUUCUUACGUUAUCAGACAGAAGGUGUAAAGGGGAGUGCCUCCUCUCCCCUCUCCACAGCUCUGCCUCCUCAGGAGUGGAAAGCAAUGAUGUAAUGUGCCUGGCUGCCUCAGAAUGAGCAGCCCCCCUCUGCUGCGUUUCAUUCCCCCUUUCUCUCUCUCUCUCGUUUUCUCUCUGCCUCUCUCUCUCUUUCUCUCACUCUCCCUCCCAUCCUCUGCCACUGCUGCUGCUGCUGCUGGUGGCUGGCGUUUGUAUGCGCUGUGCCGUGUGAGCUGCAGCCCUGGGCAUCUCUGGGGAUCCCUGCAGAGCUACUGUUCCUCUUCUCCCUGUGACGGCUGGGGCUCGCCCGUUCGCGGAAAAGACCCUCUCUCGUCGGCGGAGAUUGCUGAGAAGCCUGUGUGACAGUCUAUACAAGCACAUGGAGACCGUUUUGGGCCGUAUCAUCGUCCUUGAGGACUUGUUUCUUGGUGGAAAUCCACAAUUGUGAGGCCCUGCGAAGGUGACCACCGGUCUUAACAUCAAUACACGGCUCUCCUUUUCAGGAGUUUAAGGAGAAGAAGAAAAAUAAACAAGCAAGGGAAAAGAUCUUCAUGAGCGCCAGAAAAUCCAGAGACAGAACACACUGAGACACAAGGAGCAAAAUGUGGACACUAAACAUGACACGUGUCUCUUUCCUGUUCCUCCUGGUUGGAUGGGGUCAAGCAGCAGAAGACGACGUCACCCCUCGCCUCAGUUUCUCUUACAAUGCAAACGAGAGGUCGGCCAAGAGAUUUUCACCCGAUGGAGUCUUCAAUUACACCUCUCUGCUCCUCAGUAAAGAGGAUAACAUGCUGUACGUUGGCGCUCGAGAGACUCUCUUCGCACUCAAUAUCAGCGAUAUCAGCAGAACGCAGCUGCAGCGUAAUUUAACAUGGAGCACACCUCAGAGAAAGAGAGACGAGUGCAGUUUCAAAGGGAAAGACUUAAAGACCGAUUGCUUCAAUUACAUCAAGAUUUUACUGCGUGUGAACAGCACUCACCUGUACGUGUGUGGAACGUAUGCUUUCAGCCCUAUCUGCGCAUACAUCAACACGUCUGAUUUUUCCCUGGUGCGCAGUGAAAUGGGAGAAAUAGUCACCGAAGAUGGUCGAAGCCGGUGCCCUUUCAACCCUGAAUACAAGUCCACGGCCAUCAUGGCUGAUGGAGAACUGUAUGCUGGCACGGUCAGUAACUUCCAAGGGAACGAACCCAUCAUUUACAAAAGCCUUGGCCAGGGCACAGCCUUAAAGACUGAAAACUCACUGAACUGGCUUCAAGACCCUGCUUUUGUGGGCUCAGCCUACAUUCAGGAGAGUUUGCCCAAAGGCAACACAGUCGGCGAUGAUGAUAAGAUUUACUUCUUCUUCAGUGAAGCGGGAAAGGAGUUCGAUUUCUUUGACAACACCAUUGUGUCACGCAUCGCUCGCGUGUGUAAGGGUGAUAAAGGUGGAGAGAGGGUUCUUCAAAAGAAAUGGACGACCUUUCUGAAAGCCCAGCUCCUGUGUUCAUUACCGGAUGAUGGGUUCCCCUUCAACAUCAUUCAGGACAUGUUUGUAUUGACCCCCAGCAAAGAGGCCUGGAAGAGUACUGUGUUUUAUGGAGUCUUCACCUCACAGUGGUACAAAGGUGCUUCAGGCAGCUCAGCUGUAUGCGCGUUUACCAUGGACCAGGUUGAAGAGGCGUUUAAUGGACGUUACCGGGAAGUUAAUCGAGAGACGCAGCAGUGGUACACCUACAACCACCAAGUACCAGAACCCAGACCUGGAGCAUGCAUCACCAACGCGGCCCGUGCCCAAGGGAUCUCCUCCUCUCUGCACAUGCCUGAUAAAGUGCUGAACUUUGUGAAGGACCACUUCCUCAUGGAUAGCAUGAUUCGCAGUCAGCCUCUGCUCCUCAAACGAAAUGUGCGCUACACCCAGCUCGCUGUGCAUCGAGUACAGGCUCUUCACAAUACCUACGAUGUGCUCUUCAUCGGCACAGAUGACGGCAGGAUUCACAAAGCCAUCAACGUUAAGCACAAGAUGUAUAUCAUUGAAGAGCUGGUGAUUUUCCCCGAGCCUCUUUCUGUACAACACAUCGAACUGGAUGAUGAGAAGGGACUGUUGUUUGUGUCCAGCUAUUCUGGGCUGGUUGAAAUCCCUCUUGCCAACUGCUCCAACUACCAGAGCUGUGGAGAGUGUGUGCUUUCUAGAGAUCCUUACUGUGCCUGGACAGGGAAGCAGUGUUCGAAUAUUAAACAUGCUCCAACUAAGAGCCAAUGGCAACAAGAUGUAGAUGAUGCCAACACUGCCAUGUGCAAAACGACAAUGCCAAGCCCCCGUUCUGCAAGACCGACUCCACCACGUGUUCCAUCAUGUCAUGUGGUACAAAUACCAGUCAACACAUUUACGGUUCUACCCUGCAAGCUGCGAUCCAACUUGGCUAAGAGGCGAUGGGAGCACAAUCAUACCGACGAGCAAUUCGUCUACACUCGUCCUGACGGCGGGCUGGUGGUUGUAGCCCAAGUGGAUAGGGAGGAGAUCUAUAAAUGUUGGUCCGAAGAAGGCGGCUACCAACAACUUCUGGCCGAAUAUUGCGUUAAAGCAGAGCAAGAAAGCACCACCCUGACUGGACGUUCCCGAACGCAGCUCGUGCCCCAAGGGGAGGCAAUUAUCCUGCCCGGGGAAACGUGGUCACCGCAGAAAACCAAAACGUACUGGAAUGAAUUGAUUGUUGUGUGUGCCUUACUCGUGUUCUCCCUGGUGGUCCUGUCGCUGUUCGUGGCGUACAGGAACCGAGAUAGGAUGAAGUCCAUGCUGAAGGAAGGCGAGUGCCCCAACAUGCAACAGAAGAAGCCGCGAAUUCCAGGGAAGCACACGGAAAGCCUUCCACUAAAUGGCAACAAUAUCCCGCCCUCUGUGUCUGACCACAAGGGCUACCAGACGCUCAAUGAUAACUACAUCUGCAGCACUCCAACUCACGAAUGCUCCUCACCUGAGAACAGCAAGAGCUUCUCAGAAUCCGAAAAGAGACCAUUGAACUUAAAGGAGAGCCACGUGGAAAUCUCCCCGACUUGCCCGCGGCCUCGAGUACGACUGGGCUCGGAAAUCAAAGACUCGAUCGUUUAAGUCUGUUUGGGAUGACUGUUAAAAAAAUAGUGGCCUCUGAACUGAACAACGCCAAGGGAGGGACAGACUGAAAAUGAUUGGAAACGUACCAUCACUGGGUUUUAUUUUGCACUUUGUCUCCUCUCAUUUUGUCUUGGUGAUCUGUUCACAUUUCUCAGUCACUGCCAAGUCUGUGAAGCACCCAGAGCCACGACGAGCGGGACGCAAGGCCUAGAGUACACUUCGAAAAAAUAACGGUGGGCAUUGCGAGAGACACCAGUCCAGUCGUCCCGCCCGGUCCGUCCAAAAAAAGUCUGGUGGCAUCUGUGUGAAAGCAAUACGAUGCCCUCAGGGUUCACUAACCUGUCAUGCUCCCAUCUCAUCCCUCGGUCUGCCGCGUAGAGUUGGUCGUCCUGUGAACGAGAAGACGAAAAUUCAAACUUUAGUCUAUAUUAGAGUCUCUGCUGAACAUAGUGCCUGAUGUGAGAUGAUUAGCUGACAUUUCAACACAAUGUAAGGUGUAGUGGUGCAUCAAAAGCUUUGAUGAUAUAUGCAAAACCUUUGCGCAGUAUAUCAUCACGACCUCAGCACAUAGCAGGCAUACUAUGCAAAUCACAUAAAGGAGAAGCAUCAUGUAGAGAGCUAAAAAACAGCACACGGCUGUCCUAGUACAAUAAGUGAUGCCAUGACCUCAGUAUUCUACACUGCUUCUCAGAGGUACACACGUUUAAUAAUGUAUGCAAGUGAGAUUGAGGCAUAUAAAGAGCCCACAAUGGGGAUUCAAUGUGUAGAGGACUCCAAAGAAGGCAUGUUAGCAAUACUAAGAGUACAUCCAAGGCACACAUUACAUUCUGAAGAUGCAGAAAUAUUCUUUAUACCCCAAUCGAAAUCAGUUGCUAAUUGAUCAGUGGUAUUCAAAAAUUAUUAAAGCAGUGGUUCUCAACCUUUUCUUUUUUUUUCUUCUUUUUUUUUGACUCCAAGACCCCCCAUUGUCCACAACAAUAUCUGAAUGUUCUUUUCCAGUUGUUUAUUUACUGAUAAGGAUUUAAAAAAAAAAUAAUAAUAAUAAUUUUUAUUCACAGUUUCUACCUAAGAUUUUGUUAAUUUGCAUGAUUUCUCCGAAUCACACUUAAAAUUAGGCUUUCUCAUAUGUAUAUAUAUAUAGAUUUUUGGAAUCCUAGUUCUUCAAAGAUUAUUUCAUUGAUAUUUCAUUGCUUUUUCAGUCUUAUUUUUAAUAAUUUUAAGCUAUCUUGAGGACCGUUUGGUCCCCUGGUUGAGAACCUCUGAUUUAAAGGGAUAGUCAGCCAAAAAUUAACCUUCUGUUAUCAUUUACUCAACUAUCAUCAAGUUUGUUGUUCCAAACUUGUCUCCAAAUCUGUCAUGUUUAAAAAUAAAUAAAUAAAUAAAUAAAAAUAUUGUCCAAACAAUUAAAAGUCAAUGGGGUCCAAUGUUGUUUUGUAUGGAAGCUUAUUUCCGCUAAUUGUGAGAUAUAAAGUCAGAAUUGCAAGUUAUAAAGUCACGAUUGCGAGUUAUAAAGUCAGAAUUGCGAGAUAUAAAGUCAGAAUUGUGUGAUAUAAAGUUAAAAUUGCGAGUUAUAAAGUCAGAAUUGCGAGUUAUAAAGUCAGAAUUGUGAGAUAUGAAGUCAGAAUUGUGUGAUAUAAACAAUUCCAAGAGAAAAAGUCACAAUUGUGAGUUUAUAACUCCCAAUUCUGAGAAAAAAAGUCAGAAUUGUGAGAUAUUAAGUCACAAUUGCGUGAUAAAAACUCGCAAUUGUGAGAAAAAAGUCCGAAUUGUGCAAUUCUGACUUUAUAACUCACAAUUGCAAGUUUAAAUUUAGCAAUUGAGAAAAAAGUCAAAAGAAAAUUUUGAGAUGCAAACUCGCAAUUGCGAGAAAAAGUCAGAAUUGUGAGAUAAAAAGUCACAAUUACCUUUUUCAGUUUUUUAUUUAGUGGCAGAAACAAGCUUCUAUAAUUUUGGACCCCACUGACUUUCAUUGUUUAGACAAAAACAAAAACAUCUCUAUUUGUGCUCAGCAGAAGAAAGUCAAAGAGGUUUGGAACAACACGAGGGUGAGUAAAUGAUGGCAGAAUUUUUGACAUAAAUAUUUAUUAAGUAGAGCAUAACACACUAUUAAAUAGUGCAUAACACAGUCAAUGGAAGUGACCAAACGUCUCUUGAGAUUGUUUACUUUGAUCCAAAUUUUUUUGUUGUGCCAAAAGAUUUUAGAUUCUCUCAUUUAAGAUCUCUCAGAAGCCCAAGUGGUCUACGGAUCUGUCAAGAGCUGUUCUCUUGACUCAAAAGUGUACUUCUCUCAGAUUAAAGACAUUUAUAUUGCCAUGCUGUAAAUUUGAAUGAUGAAUUUGCAUUCGGACAGAAUGAAAAUGACUUUACAUGCCAAUUUUAUGCUAAGCUAUAAGAUCUAUGCUCCCGACGAGUGUAAAGUGACCAGCAGAUUUUUUUUUUUCCAUGAAAAAGUGCCAUGUUCACUAUAACACCUUAAGUCAAAGAGGCUAACAGAUGUUUUUGGGUGGGAGCAAUGACAUAUAGGUAUAUGAAACUACAUUAUAAAUCGUCAGCUGCCAAGAGUGUCAUACUGGUUGGAUUUACUUGGUUGCUGCAAAGCAAUGGGGAUGGUAACUUAUACAAAAAUGUGUUACUACAGCAUAGCAUCAACAUAAGGAUCCAUGUAAAAAUGUAUAGUUAAGAACACACAAACACAGACAAAAAAAAAAAAAAAAAUUUAAGAAACAUCUAUUUCCAGUAUCAAAUUUUCAAGUAAAAUUCCCAAAGACAAGCAUUGUAUAUUGCACCACCCAAGUGUGUAAUAUUUCAUUGCCAUUGAUCUUUAAAGAUCACACAGACAUUUGUAUUGUGAAUGUAGUUAUGUAUUGAUUGAAAGUGUUCCAAACUUCUUCUUUCAAUUGAAAAAUUGUUUUAUUUAAAUUUAUGCUGAAUGUUUGAAAGUGGGACAUUUACUUUCUAAUGAUCUGACGGACAAUGACUUUGAUCACAAAGUUGUAUAAUUGUAUUUGUAAGAGAAGGUAGUGAACGACAUUUAAUGUUUUUACAUUCUGCUUUUUUUUUUUUUUUUUUACCAGAAUUUGCAUUACAAUUCUUUUUUUUUUCUAUUGUAUUUGCACAGAAUGUGGCAAUGGUUCAAAUGAAAGUGUCUGGGAAUGAAUGUUCUCCUGACAUUGCUGUAGCAAGUACCAACUGAAUGGUUUUGUUAAUGCCUUCGAGCUAGAUUUUGUGACUCAAAGGGUAUGCGGGAAAGCAAAUGUAAUCUUGUAGCCUUUUUUGUGACUCAAACACGUGAACAAAAAGCAAACCUCACAUGCAUGUCUGCUCUGGUGGACUACACAGUAGAAUUACCUAGUACAUGUAAAGUCGCAAACCACUGUAUAUCGAAUGGUUGUCUGUGCAACAAUCCACUGCAAGGGUAUGUCUCCACUGUGCUAAUUAAUACUAAUAACUACAGAGGUCCCCUAAUAUAUAAAUAUAUAUAUGUAUCAAUCACACACACACACACACACACACACAAAACACUUACUGAAUAUAUUUCCAGCACAGAAAAAAAUGUAUUUGUAAUAAUAAUAUAACUGUUUUACAUAUACUCAGACCUCUGUUUGAAAAUCACAUUCAGAAUAUCAUGCAAAAAUCAUUUAAAUUGUAAGCAAAUUUGCUUAUGUUUUUCAGUACAUCAUCUGAUUAUUAUCGCUAGCGUGCCGUUUUGCAGAGUAGACAAUGUGAAAACUUCACUGUACAUCAGCUGCUACCUACAAGCGGUAGAUUUAGUUACGUAUAUAGAUAGUCGUAUAGUCACAUAUUUCAGUUCUGAACAGACUCAGACAUAAGAGUUACUGGACUGCAGUAGUCUGCUACACUCUUAAACGCUCAGAUACAUUCUUUAUAAUGGCACACCAAGAUGCUCUGAUCUAUUGUAAGUUAAUGUCUUGUAAACUUUAAUGUAAAGGUGUAUUUGUACAUUUUGCUGCCAAUGUAAAGAGAAAAAAAAAACUGUUGUGAAAUGUAUUUUUUGUAUUAUACAUCACUACUGUUUUGUUGUUUUUAUUAUAUUGUACAUAAAAGCACUUUAAUUUUAAUUUUUUAAAUAAAAGAAAUAAACCCA